AUGUCAUCUCUGGUGGCAUGUCCGUUGGCAUGGCCAGUGGCAUCACCGGCUGUCCCUCCUCUUGUCUCUGUUGCAGGUUACGCCAUCACCAAACCCGACAUCCUGGCUGAGGUGGAGCGAGGGGACGAGGGGGUGGCGGCGGCAGUGGGGCGCUACGGGGAGCGCCAGAGCCCCCGGCCACAAGCUGCACCCGCCGGUCCCUCCCAGGGGGACUGGCAGGGGAAGGAGGUGAAGAGCGAGGACGGGGUGUCCCCACCGCCCCGCUCGCCCCCGUCCCGCCACGCCGGCCCCACCGACUUCCUCGUCCCGCUGCGGGAACGGGGCUGCAGCUACUGCGGCGUCCUCGAGCCAGAGCCGAAUCCCGGUGCCGGUAACGGGGGGUUCAUCGCCGCACCCCCCGCCUUCGAGACCCGCCGCUGCCGGCCCGGGGAGCCGCCGCUGGAUUGUGCCGAGUGCGGCCGAGGAAGCAUCGGGCAGAAGCCGGACCUGGUGCGGCACCGGCUGGGGCGCGGCGCGGAGCUCGGCUACGCCUGCGGCCGCUGCGGGAGAGGCCGAGCCGAGCCGGGGGGGCUGGGGGCCACGGGCAGCCCCCACCGCUCGGGGCCCUGCACCGGGCGCUCCCCGGGCACGGCAGAGGGAGCCACGGUGGCGCCGCGGAAGGAGCGGAAGGAGCUGUCGCUGACCGAGAAGGUGCGCGUGCUGGAGAUGCUGGAGGGCCCCAAGGUGUCGCAGAGCGAGCUGGCCAAGCGCUUCGGGGUGUCGCAGCCCCAGAUCUGCCGCAUCAUCAAGAACAAGGAGCGCAUCCUGAGCGAGUGGCACCGCAACGGCGACCCCGAGCGCAAGCGCAAGCGGGAGGGGAAGGACGCGGCGCUGGAGGCCGCGCUGCUGCGCUGGGUGGAGGGUGCCCACGCUGCCGACCUGCCCGUGGGCCGCCCGCUGCUGCAGCUCAGGGCCAGGCACCCGGCCCGGCCCGAGCCCGAACCCAGCGGCGGCUGGCUGGCUCGCCUGGGCGCUCGCCACGGCAAGAAGCCGCCGGCGGAGAAAGGGGACGCGGAGCAGCCCACGGCGGAGCACUGGGCCGGCGCGGUGCUGCCCGGCCUCCUCCGCAGCUACGCGCCUGCCGAGAUCUUCGCCUGCGGGGAGACCGCGGUGCCGCUGCCGGCCGGCGCCCCCGGUAACGGCGAGAGCCCCGGCGAGCGGCUGACGCUGCUGCUCUGUGCCAACGCCAGCGGCUCGGAGAAGGUGCCGCUGCGGGCGGUGGGGGACAGCCCCCGGCCGCGCUGCCUGCGGGGCGUCAACCUGGAGCAGAUGCCGUGGAGCUACCGCGCCGGCGGCCCGGCCGGCCUGAGCGCCCCUCUCUUCGCCGAGUGGCUGCGGGAGUUCAACGAGGGGAUGCGGCGGCGGGGCAAGAGCGUCCUCCUCCUCCUGGCCAAGCACGAGGCGCACCCCUACCUCCAGCUGUCCAACGUCAGGAUGGUUUUCAUCCCGCCGGCCGCCGCCCUGGCCCAGCCCCUGGACCGCGGCAUCGCCGGCGACCUCAAGGGCCACUACCGGCGCCGUGUGCUGCGGUGGCUGCCGGCGGAGCGCGGCGCGGGCCAGCCCAGCCUGCUGGACGUGCUGCACAUGCUGGCGCAAGCCUGGGGCGAUGUUCACCCGGGGCUCAUCGCCGGCUGCUUCCGCGCCGCCGGCUUCACCCCCGACGCCGGCAGCGAGGCCGUGUCCCUGACCUCGGCCCCCGGUCUGCUCGGUCAGGAGCGGCCGGAGCGCGACGGGGACCCGGCGGAGGCGGACGGGGACGAGGGCACGGCGGAGGGCGAGGACGCAGGCGAGCUGGCGGCCGUGCCGCCCUGCCCCUCGGAACGGGAGGUCUGGAGGAGCCUGGCCACGCUGCGGCGGUACCUGGAGUGCCAGGCCACCUCGCCGGACCUCUUCCAGGCCUUCUACGAGCUGGAGGAUGUGGUGCACAUGGUGUCAGCCGGCGCAGGGCGAGCCUUCCUCGGGGACAGCCCUCCCCAGCAGUGA